AUGUCAACUGCUAACAUCGAUGACACCUUGAAGAAAUUAGUCGAAGCUCUUCUUCAGAUCCCUACAAAAAUAACCCCUGCGACUCCAGCUCAACCAUCUCAAGGCAUAAAUUUGCAAUCAUUCGACGAAAAUAAUGAAACUUUCGAUUCGUAUUUACAAAGAGUCGAAAAUUAUUUGGACCUCAGAGGCAAAUGUUUCAAAUGUGGCCAAACUAGUCACAAAGCUAAUACAUGCCCACACAAAAAUCUUAAAUGCCACAAAUGCAAGAAGAGUGGACACGUUCAAGAAGUUUGCUUUGGUGACAAAAUAGCUGAAAAUCGUGCUAUCGGAAUUUCUACAUACGAUUACGAUAACGAUGAAACCGAUUCCGAUGCUCUUGAGGACAUCAACACUAUACAAAUAGUACAAGUGAACAACAUACAUAAUGAAAAAUUCAUGAUAAAUGUUAACAUCGAAGAUGCACAAUGCUUAAUGGAAGUGGAUACGGGUGCGGCGGUCUCAACAAUGUCAUUACAAUGUCAAGAAAAAUUACUUCCGGAUAUUAGACUAAAGCCGACUUCAUUACAAUUACGAACGUAUACGGGUGAAAUAAUACAUCCUGUCGGUAAAGCUAAAGUGAAUGUCUCGCAUAAGAGCACAGUAGUACAAUGUGAUUUAUACGUCAUUAAUGCAAAAGUAGAUGCGAUACUUGGCCGAGAAUGGUUUCGAAAAUUAGAAUUGAAUAUACUAGACUUGAAAUCACUUGUAAGUGAAAUGAACGAAAGUCAAUGCAAGAACGAGAUUGACAAAAUCUUAAAUGACUACAAUGACAUUUUCGUAGAAACUACAGGCAAAAUUCCAAAUUACAAAUGUAAACUAGAACUCCAAGAAAACAUGACCCCAAAAUUUAUAAGACAUCGUCCCGUUCCAUACGCGUUAAAAGAUAGAAUCGAAAAUGAAUUAUCACGGUUAGAAAACAAUGGGACAAUUGAAAAGGUAGAGUUUUCGCAGUGGGGUACACCCAUCGUCCCAGUAGUAAAGAAGAACGGCGAUAUUCGUUUAUGUGCCGAUUAUAAAAUCACAAUCAACAAGGCUAUCAAAGAUGACAGCUACCCGAUACCGACAGUCGAUGAUAUCUUUGCAAAAAUGAGCGGUGGAAAAUACUUUAUGACACUGGAUCUACACCAAGCCUAUUUACAUAUGGAAGUGGAUGAAAACACUUCAAUACUACAAGCAAUAAGUACACAUAAAGGCACUUACAAGGUAAAGCGACUGAUGUUUGGUGUGAAAGCAGCCCCGAAAAUUUGGCAGAGAUUUAUGGAUUCAAUUCUUCAAGACAUCGAUGGAGUAUCAUGCUUUUUUGACGACAUUAAACUACAAGGAAGUACCUAUGAAGAGCUGCUAGUACGUUUCAAACAAGUUCUUCAAAGAUUACGUUCACACGGGCUACACCUGAACAAAACUAAAUGCCAAUUUCUACUUGACCACAUUACAUAUUUGGGUCAUUACAUUGAUAAACUGGGCAUUAAACCAAUGAACGACAAAAUCCAAAGUAUUCAAAAUUGCGCUCGACCUACAAACGUUUCGGAAGCUCGAACAUUUUUAGGUUUAGUAAAUUACUACCAAAAGUUUUUACCGAAAUUAGCGUGUCGUUUACAGCCCAUUUACAACCUAUUGAAAAAAGAUGUAAAAUUUUACUGGUCAACUGAAUGUGAAGAAAUUUUUAAACAAAUUAAAAACGAAAUUACUAGUACGAAAGUGUUGAUUCCGUUUGAUAACAAGCUACCCUUGUUCCUAGCUACGGAUGCAUCUCCAAAUGGACUUGGAGCAGUAAUUUCCCACAUCGACGAACAUCAGAAUGAACGACCAAUAGCUUUCGCAUCGAGAACUUUAACAAAUUCAGAAAAGAAUUACUCACAAAUCGACAAAGAAGCCACUGCAAUUAUCUGGGGAUUAAAGAAAUUUUUCCAAUAUUGUUAUGGCCGUAAGAUAAUAUUGAUCACAGAUAACAAACCCUUAACCAGAAUAUUUCAUCCAAAUAAGGAUUUACCAUCCAUGUCAGCAGUAAGAUUGCUACACUAUGCAAAUUUUUUAUCAGGAUUUGAUUACGAGAUUCGAUAUCGAAACACCAAAGAUCACAGUAACGCGGACUUUCUAUCCAGAUUUCCGACUGAGGAACCAAAAGAUGAGUUGUCCAAAGAUGAAACUACAAUUUUCCAGCUUAACCAGAUUGAGACAAUGCCAGUAACUCAAAAAGAAAUCCAGAGAGAAAUUCUAAAAGACAGUGAAUGUAAGCAAUACUACAACGCACUACAAAGAGGUGGACAGUUGCCGAAUGGAGAACCUGAAGUUAAAGAAACACCACAUCAUUGGGAGUAUCCUACUACACCCUGGCAGAGAGUCCAUAUUGACUAUGCUGGACCCUUUAUGAACUGCUAUAUACUCAUCGUUGUAGACGCUCACACAAAAUGGGUGGAAGCCAUCCCUACGCAAACAAUAAGCUCUUCAAGAACAAUAAAGAUUCUUCGCGAGAUCUUUGCAAGAUUUGGUUUACCGCUCACAUUAGUUUCUGACAAUGGUACAAAUUUUUCAUCCCGUGAAUUUCAAGAUUUCACCAAGUCCAAUGGCAUUCGUCACAUAUUUUGCGCUCCAUAUCAUCCGUCUUCAAACGGACAAGCAGAACGUUAUGUUUCAACCGUAAAGGAAGGGUUAAGAGCAAUGUCAAAUGAAGAUGGUGAUUUGAAUCUCAAAUUAUGCAGAUUUCUGAUGCAGUACAGAAAAAUACCUAACGCAACAACAGGGGUUUCACCAGCUGAACUGAUGUUCAAAAGAACAAUUCGAACCAGAAUCGACCUAGUUAAAACUGAUGUCACAUCCAGAGUCAGCGACAAACAAAGCGAUUUUAGCUAUAAAGAACCUAGAGAAUUUGCGGACGGUGAAUCGAUUCAAGCUCGAUUUUACAACAACAAAUGCUGCAAGUGGAAAUUCGGAAGGAUAAUUCGGAAAAUAGGAAGUAGAAUGUACGAGAUACUAAUUGACGAUGAGAAGCACACACGCCAUGUCGACCAACUUCGAAGAACCGAUUGCAGAACAACAAAUGAUAAAAAUAACUAUAACUCAAAUCCCUUAAUCGAGAUAUCAAAUAAAAAUACCACGACUAACGAGAACGAUACAAGACAUGACAAUAACGUACAACAAACGAACACCUCCGAAUCAGUACCAAAUCAACCAGCUGUUAUUCACGCAUCACCAGAAUCGUCACUAACACCAGCAUCUACCAUACCAACACCAGCACCUACCACAUCAUCACCAGCCAUUACGUAUACACCACCGGAAGUGUCAACAUCACCAAAACCUAAAUCAAGCAGCCAACCAAUCGCUCAUCAACCCUCUGCACCAGCAAGCCCAAGGCGGUCUAAGAGAACGAGAAGAGCACCAAACCGUCUCGACUUAUAA